ACUUUUCGGUGCUACACAAAUUUUGUACUUGGCUAAAUAAAUGGAUUUAGUUAAAAUGAUGUGUCGCCUCUGUUUGGAAGGCUCCUCCGAACUGAACAUUUCUAUAGAAGAUAAUGCUAUCAGACAGAAAAUCGUAUCUUUGUUUAAUUUAAAGCUCGAUAUGGAUGCAAACCUGCCCAAUAAAAUAUGCUUCGAAUGCUCAUCCAAAGUGGAUGAUUUUUACGUAUUCUCCGAGAUGGUGCAGUCCAAUGAACAGCAACUUAUAAGUAAUAUAACCGUAUUGCCUCCCGUGUCGAUAGCCGAUGUUAAGAUUGAACCAUCAGUUACAAACCAGAUUGAGUUCGGUAGUGAUUCACCGGAUGCGCCCGACAGUGUUUCAACAUCCAGCUCAAGUUUAGACAAAAGUUAUGACGAUAUUAUAGAGGUGCAGGUAGAACUUGAAGAAUUAAAAGCAGAUGAAAAUGGUAAUCCAGAUCACAGCGAAGAUGAGAUUCCCCUAGCAAAACGGAAACGCAAACAAGCGAAAGAAAAUCACCUUUUUCAAGAUUACUAUACCUUCGAGUGUGAAACAUGUCGAAAAACAUUCAAUAUAUUCAAAGAUUUCAGCAAACAUACCGCUGGAGUUCACAAUAAACCAGCUGUAAUUCAAUGUUGCAAUCGCAAAUUUACCAACAAAUUUCACAUAUUAAAUCACAUCAAGAACCAUUUAGACCCUAACCGAUUCAGGUGUGCUUGUGGCAAACGUUUUACCGAUAAAACUUCAUACAAGCAGCAUUUGUCGAAACAUGUUGGAGAUUACGUUGUUAAACCUUUAAAAUGUGAUCACUGCAGUACUCGUUUUAAAACACACGCUGCACUUAAUAACCAUCAGAAAAUACAUGCCAAGGUGCAGUGCACCGUAUGUCAAAAGAUUAUGACAGGCGAAAAAACGUUGCAAACGCAUAUGACUUCCGUUCAUGAUACAGUGAAUGUAAAAAAGUAUAUCUGCGAUUGCUGUGGCCAGGACUUUCGCUCAAGCGCUUCACUAAAUCGACAUAUAAAUAAGCAACAUUUGGGGGUAAAAGAGGCAAGAGUUCAAUGCGAUCUGUGCGGGACCUGGCUAAACAAGACAAAUAUGAAAGCGCACAUGAAAACAGUUCACAUCGAAGCAAAUAGCUCGUUGACCUGCGACAUUUGUCACAAAGUGUAUCCGAACAAGAAGUCUUUGGCAACGCAUAAGUGGCGGGUCCAUGUGGAGGAAAAAUUUGAAUGCGAAUUGUGCGGUAAAAAAUUCAAACGAAAAGUUUCGCUUCUUGAACACAGGGCAGGGCACAGCGGUAUGCAAACGUUGUACGAGUGCGACGUGUGCGGAAAAACUACAAACUCGAACGGAAAUCUGUAUUCUCACAAGAAGACUAAACAUCCGAAGGAGUGGCUAGAAGCAAAGAGAAAAGCUGCCGAAGAAGGAUUAUGAGGGCGGUAAUAUUUCUGAUCGACCACCUAAAUCUCACAGUUGGUCAAACCUGGUUAGUGCUAAUUUAGUAACGGACCUAUCAUUCCGAUUUUACUUGUGUGUAAAUAAAUGUUUAU